AUGGCCGAGAGACGCUUCAGCCUGGCCAGGCUGCUCAAGAGGAAACAAAAGAAGGCAGGCCCUGGGCCUGCCCCAACAGAGCAGCCUGAAGAGAUGGAGCAGCCCCAGCCCCUGCAGGAAGAUCCAGGCCGGCACAGGACACAACAGCAGGACCGUGCCCGUGGCCACUUCUGCAGGGCAGUACAGGCCUUCCUGACAUCCUGGAGGCGUAGAGGGGCCAGGAUCACACCAGCUGUGGUCGUGGCACAGCCGGACCCCACGCCGAGUGAGCUCAAACCAGAGCCUGAUGUCGGCACCGUGUCGACUGAUGGCAGAGCCAACGGUGACAGUGCGGUUACUGAUGAGGUGACAAACUCCAGCACCGCGCUGCCAGAGCUCACCACAGAGGCUGAGGGUGCAACGGCUGAGGAUAACGCAGACACUGACAGCACAUGCAUUGAGUGCCUGCCUGAUGCUGCCAGUGUCGAGGAUCUCUGGGAGGAAGUCGUCUCUGCUGAGGCAGCCAUGGAGCCAGCCAGAGAUAUGGAGCAGAGACCCCCCCGAGUGCCCAAGCUGGCCUGGGUAGAGGAGGAGGAGCAGGAAAUCCCUGGGCCUGCCCCAGCCCAGCAGCCUGAAGAGGUGGAGCAGUCCCAGCCCCUGCAGGAAGAUGCAGACCGGGACAGCAUUGCAGACACCCCCAGCGGGCCCUCUCAGAGCGAGAAUUAUGCUCCCACUGGGGAUGUUUCUGAGGAGAAUGGUGUCUCUGAUGCAAAGCAAGUGCCAGCCUUCGUGAGGAACAUGCAGCAGGCACUGAAAGGCAACGGCAGUCCAGAAGAGGAGCUGCUCACGCAGUUUCUGAGAGUGACCAAGGCAUACCCUGCUGAUGUUGUGGUCACCCUCCUGCGCUGUGCCCCCUGUGACAGAGCUGCUGCCAGCAUGUGGAGGACCAUCGCCUCGUCGGGAAUGGCACUGAAGAAGGUGCUGCCAGAGUUGCUUUGUGUGAUGGAGGACUGGCCAUUGCACAGCACGUCCACCUCCAAUGGGGACAACACGCCUGUCUUUGCUCUGGCUGCAACCAGGGUGAUCUGGGAGAUCCUCCAGAUGAUCCGGUGCCCAGGGCCAUUGGUGGAGUACUCCCCCCAUCUCCUCGUGGCUCUGCUCUUCCAAAUUCUUGUCAGCACAGAGCAGAUGCCAGAGGAGGUCGACACCUUCUGGAGGGGAUGCCAGGAGCAACAGAACCUUCCCACCAAGCCCAGCAGGUUUGCAGUGGUGACCAUAAAGGCCCUGCUUUGCCAUCUCAAAUGUGAGGAUGUGGUGUUUUCAAUGGAACGCAAGUGUGGCUGGGACACGCUCCUCAGGCCUGACACCCACCACUACGCAGUGGGUCUGCUGGCCAGGGAGAUCCGCCGUGUCUCCAGCCCCUUGUGUUCCUGGAUCACAUUCCACCUGCUGGAGCUGCAGGGCAGGGAGGAGCCCCGCUUGGAACUCCCCACUGUGGCAUUCCUUGUGGAGGUCCUGGACUGGGUGGACGUGAGUGAAUGGGGAGACAGCCUUGUGCAGAUGCUUUCAAGGCACCUCCGGAGCGAGUGCCCAGAGAGGCGUCGCCUGGCACUCAGAGCUCUUGUGGUGCUGAGCAAGGAUCCUGCGAUGGCUGACGGUGUGUGGACUCUGACACAAAGCCUCACGCAGCUACUGUGGGAUGCAGAUGAAGAGCUGGUCAGGAUGGCUCUCUCUGUAUUCCUCAAUGAAGUUCGGGGCAGACACACCCCAAUCUCCACCCUCACUGCCCAGGAGCUGGCUGAGGCACUCCCAACACUCUUUGGCUACGAGAACAUCCGUGUGCAACUGCUCUCCGUUCGCCUCUUCCGUAAGGUCUUGAAGUUGGUAGCGGAGGAGGGAAAACAAGAGCUGCAGACACACGUGAUCCCGAGCCUGAUCCCACUCUUCUUCCUCUCGAAUGAUGAGAACGAGGAUCUGGCAGACGCCUCUUGGGAAGCGCUGAUUCGUGCUUUCAGGUUCCUGAGGAGAAGGCAUCUCAAGAACCUGCUGGAGGCGGACAAGCCCUGGUGGUUCUGCGACUGCCUGGUGGAAAGCGAGAAGGAAAGAGUGGUGGAAUUCAUGUGGCAAGCUCUGCCAUACGUGGAGAGCCCGCAGGAGCCCCUGAAAGAGAUUGCCCUCAGGUUCAUAGGGAUUGCUGCCAAGUACCUGAGAAAGGGGGAGGAGGAGGAUGAGUUCAUCACAGAGGUCAUCACUGAGGUAGGAGGAUUUCUUUGGGUCGCUCCGCAGCGCAGGGCCCUUCAGCCCCGGCCCCGCUCCAGCCGCGCGUUGCGCGGGGAGUCCGCGCUGGAGCGCACGGCGGAGCCGGGCAGCGGGACGCGCUCGUGGCUCGGGAGCAGCGGCAGCCGCGUGGGGAUCCGGAUGGCCCUGCCCGCCGCCACGGCCGCCCGUCACCCCUCACUGCCACCCGCGGCCCCUCAGCCCGCCCGCGUCCCGAUGGAGAAGAGACCUCCCUGGGAGGAGGACAGGGCUCCCCAGGAGAGCAGCCCUUCAGUGGUGACCAUGGUGCAGCCCCUGCAGACAGAUGCCAGCUGGUUACCUCUGUCCAGAGAGGAACAGGAAGCCUUGGAUUUCUUGCAGGCCAACAACCCCAACCAGCUGCAGGACAAGGAGCACAAGCUGCAGUUUCUGGAGAGCAUCUGCACCCUGAGCAGAACUGCCGGGGACGGUGGCUGGUGCCUGGAUAUCUUGUGGCACAGACAUGAGCUGGUGUAG